AUGCCUUCCCGGUUUUCGAAGACACGCAAGCACCGCGGCCACGUAUCGGCCGGUCACGGUCGUGUAGGAAAGCACCGCAAGCAUCCGGGAGGUCGUGGUCUUGCUGGUGGUCAGCACCACCACCGUACCAACUUCGAUAAGUACCAUCCUGGUUACUUCGGUAAAGUUGGUAUGCGCCACUUCCACCUCACCCGCAACCAGUACUGGCGCCCCAUCAUCAACGUCGACAAGCUGUGGAGUCUGGUGCCCGAGGAGCAAAAGAAGGGACUGACUGAGACCUCCGACGUUGUUCCCGUUAUCGAUACUCUCGCUGCCGGAUACGGAAAAGUUUUGGGCAACGGAGUCCUGCCAAAAUUGCCUUUCAUCGUGAAGGCUCGUUUCGUUUCGGCGAAGGCUGAGGCUAAGAUCAAGGCCGCCGGCGGUGUUGUGUCAUUGGUUGCUUAA